AUUAUAUUAUAUAUUAAUUAAUUCAUCGCGAUUGAAUAAUCGGAAUGAAAUUCAAAAUAUAUAACGCAAGUGAAUAUUUUGUUUCUAUUCCUGGAAUUGUUAUAAACAAUGUAAACUAUCCCGGGUCAUCUCGCAGGAUUCAAUUACUAAAGAUUAUUUUUACUGAGAUUAUUUAUUUAUCAGAAAUUUAUUUUCUGUUAUCAUUUAUUCAUAUUUUCUUUGGAAAUUUAAUUUUGUUUAUUUUUCGUACGAUCUUUUGGGGGAAUGACAACAAUUUCGCGGAUGUUAAAUAAUUAUUUGAGCCAUCAAUUUUUCAAAAAAACUCAUCAUCUGAAUUUUCAGUCAGCACUUAAACCCCUGACAUGUUGCUGCUGCAUCUCCCGAGAAACUGGAAUUCAAAUUCUAGGAUUUCUAAGAAUCCUCAUGUGCAUCAGUAGUUACAUAUCUUUCGAAAGAACUACAACAAAAAUGGUAUCCGCCAUGCGUAUUGAGGACGAUAAGGUCAACGAACUAAUUAUUAAUUUCAUUAAUUAUCUCGACGUCGUGGCGAUUGCAGCCAUCAUCGUAAUUAUAAUGAUAAGUUGUCUACUGAUAAUCGGAGUGCGACAGAAAAAUCCGUCGCUAAUGUUUCCAUGGAUCUGCCUAGAUGUAUCAGCACUUGUAUAUUUUAUUCCAUUACCAUUGACGAUAUUUGCAUUCCCUGGAAUAUCUGGUGGCAUAAAAUUCGCACUUUUUCUCUUUUUACUACUGAUGCUCUUUAUCGAAUGCCACCUGUUCCUCGUUGUUUACGGAUACUACGAGGAUCUGCAUUUCCAGAAAUCUCAAAUUCAAGGGAAUGUCCAUGAGACUUACACACCUGCAGAUAAUGUGAACAAUAUAAAUGAGUACAACGGACCUAGUGUACAAGCUUGGCAGGUGUAAGUCAAUUAUUGAGGGAUUUUCCUCUUUAUUUAAAUAAAAAUAAAUCAAAAUGCAAAUUAAAUAAUUGCUUACGCUUUAUGCAAUGUUGUAAGAGGAAUAAACAAAUGGAUCACCACUACGAACAUAAUUGACGUAAUGAAUACACAAUAAUUAAUUACUGGAAUUGUUUAUCAAAUUGUUUACAGGCGAGAAGUGAGUGAGACUUAAAAAUCAUGAGUCGGAUCAAAUGAAUAAUUUCAAAAUUAUUGUUCCGCUCAUUGUUAUUGUUAUAUUAUUCAUCAGUGUCUCACUCGUAAUUGUAAUCUCAAUGUCCAAUUAUCGCCGGGUAAUAUUCUCUGUACAAGUGUCAU